AUGUGCGGCGCCGAACCUCUCGUCAGCAUGGACAGCGCUGAAACCGUCGACGUCUUCUACAAGCUACUUGAGGAACGGAAACGUUUUGCAGCAUCCCAAUCGGUCGAAGCUACACCCAGAUGGCCGGCAGCCCGCAAUGAUCACUACUGCGACCACGAGGUGUGUCACCACGAUGUCAUCGACCUUUCCUCGCUAUGUGAGCCCUCAGAUAGCGGCAGCGACUGGCAGCCAUACAUCACGCGUGACAAGAAAUGUCCGAUCAUCGGACACGAAACUGCAUCAGAGGGUGAAUAUUCCCCGACUGAGAGCUGCCGUCAAUAUUUCUCUGAUGACGCGGAUGACGUCCGUCUCCGUUACAACACACCACCCACAGUCUACGAUGACCAAGAUCACGGAAGCCGUCGGAUGUCUCUGAUAGACCCCAAAUCAAGCAUUCGCGCCCUCCGACAAGAACUCGAUAACCUACAGAUCAGCAGCGCACAGUCUUGUCUUGACCUGGAAGAGCAGCUCGACAACCUCUCCUCAUCGUUCGGCAUUUUACGUAGGGACUACCAAGCUCUCUCCGACAAACAUAACGAACUCCUGGGGCUUUCGUUGGAGCAGUGCAAAGAGCUAGGCAAUCAAGCAAAGGUCUUGAUGGAAUUGAGCGAGUGGAAGAGGCGCACGGAGAACAGCUUCGCUGCGGUACGCGUUCAAGGGCAAGAACCCGAGGUUUUGUAUUUCGACACACCACGUUCGACGUCCACGGCGGAGAUCGGCCUGGACGAUCUGGGAGCUACUCCUCUCGCAACGGAGAACCAGGCUGUUACAUCGACAUCGGAUGGACGAGACCACGGUGUCGGAGGGAUACCGUCACCUCCGGCCAUGCCUCCCACGUCGCCUGAACGACGUGCCAGACAUCCGCGCUUGGUCUUGAGGUUAUCGGCUAAGCCCGCCAUGAAGGAGGAAGCCAUGGGAUCCCCUAGUGCCUUGGUAACGGACGAGCCGCCACGCCCGAAGCGCGUCAGGAGGCCCACGGAGAAGCGCAAGGCCGCUGAGCUGGAGGUCAAGUCGGCAAAGAAAGCGAGGAAACUAAGUUGCAAAUCAGCCCUGUUCUGA